AUGAGAGGAAGAAAUGUGAAGAAGGUCACACCUCCUGAUAAAAUUCAGGAAAUUCAUGAUCAUAUAAAUUCUUUCUCCACUAUCGAUUCUCACUAUUGCCGCUCUAGUACUAAUAGGCAGUAUUUGGAGUCAACAUUGAAUUUGUCCCGCAUGUAUGAUUUAUACAAAGAAAAAUAUGAUAAUCCACUCCCUAUACAUACAUACAGACACAUUUUUAACUCAGAGUUCAAUAUAUCAUUCUACAAACCUAAGAAGGACAGAUGUGAUAAAUGUGAAGAAUUCAAAGCAAAGAAGGAUGUUGCAACUGAUGAAGAGAAAUUCGAACAGGAGGAACAUUUGAGACGUAAAGAAGCAGGGUAUAUUGAAAGGAAUAAGGACCGUGAGUUGAAAAAAAUUGUUGAAGAUGGUGAACAAACAGCUGUUAUAACUUUCGAUCUCCAAAAUGUAUACACACUUCCGAAAAUUGGGGUGAAGAACUUUUACUAUAAAUGUAAAUUGAACGUGUACAAUCUAACAGCUCAUUGCAAUAUCAAUAACCGAGUUUACAAUUGCAUUUGGCAUGAAUGUAAUGGCGGUCGAACCGGUAAUGACUUGGCCAGUGCACUGGUCAAGAUACUCGGAGGAAUUGCUGAUGAUAACCCGUUUUUAACAAAGAUAAUUCUGUGGUCGGACAGUUGUGUUCCCCAGAAUAAGAAUUCAUACAUGACUAUGGCUUUGAAAUACUACUUAGAUUCCCCGAUGUGCAAUUCCAUCAGGAUAAUUGAACACAAAUACGGUGAACCAGGUCACGGAAACGUGCAAAAAAUAGAUGUGGCGCACAGCAUUAUAGAAAAAUUCCUCAGGAACGUAGAGAUUGCCAGCCCUGUUGGUCUCAUAAGAUUGCUGUUAAAGCUUCCACAAAAAAAAUAUAAAUUCAAAAUUAUUCAAAUGCAACCUAAUGAUUUUCAUGAUUUUGGUCACACUGCAUCAAAUUUCGUUUUCACUCAAGUUCCAUUUACUAAAAUUAAACACAUCAUCUACAGGAAAAAUGAAAUCAUGAAUAUCAUUAACAGACAAUCUUUUGAAGAAGACUUCAUGACUGUACCAAUCCAUAGACGCAUUGUUGGAAAAAAUAGGAAGAAACAAUCAGAAGUACCUUUGGUAUUGCCAAAAUUACCUCCGAUAAAAAGAGACAUAGCACUACCAGAACUCAAAAUCAAACACCUAAAUGAAAUGCUCAAAUACUUACCGGAUCAGACUGAUAGAACAUUUUAUCAAUCUAUAUUGAAAAAUGUAUCUUCUAAAAAGAAGAACAAAUAA